CUCGCCACCAGUAUGAAGCUUUAUCCUCACUCAGUGUGUCAGUUCGCCUUCCUGAGCCUCUGCUGUGUAUUCAUCACAGUGAAGGAGUCAGAUUCUCAGUUUGUCCCGGGGAGAUGUUUGUGUCCGCAAACACAACCAGGUGUCAGAGGACAACUGAAAGAACUCACAGUCUACCCAAAAAGCCCCAGCUGUCACAAAGUCACCGUCAUAGUGACGCUGAAGCAUAACAAUAAUCCAGUGUGUCUAAAUCCAGAGGGGCCGAUGGGCAAACAGCUGAUUCGCUGCUGGAAUAGAGCUAACAAGUUGGGUCGUGAUGUGAAGACAUGCCUGAAGAGGAGGAGAAGGGGUGGGAGAGAAGGUCAGCGUAAGCGCCAGCGCUCUCGACUGAGGAUCCGGAGCCACCACAGAAAAUCCUCCUCCUCCUCCUCUAACUCUGAAUAAUCAACCAGCCUGACAAUUGAUACAAAGCUACUGCAAGGAGAGAAGCGUGUGCAUGCUGAUUCUUGCCACACUGUGGAUUUUGGGGCCACCAGAGGCUGUUAAAAAACAGCAUGCUACCACUUUUCUUUCUGUAAACGUCACACAUCAAGCUCCCUUAAAAUGCUGUAUGAGCUGUAUAUCAAACUGUCCUUGUUGGCCAGCAGCUGGGAGCAUUACUUUUUCUAUGCAAAUGAUGGAUGCAAUAUUGAAAACUGAGCCCUGGAGGCUUGUCAUAAAUGUUAACAGUUUAAAAAAUACUGUUAAUUUGCAAUGUAUUGUUUAUGUGUAGUUCUGUGUAUACAGCUGGAAAACCCUAACCUAAGAGACUAACUUGGUUAUUUAUUUUUAUAUCAAAAUGAGGAUUUGUCUAACUUUGUUUUUGUAAAUAAAUAUAUAUGAAGAAAAA